CCUGACGCCCGAAACAGGAUCUCUGCAGGAAUCGAGUACCUGCUUGUUAAUUGGUGCUAUAUUUAGAUAAACCAUUGACAAUCGCACAGUCUUUCUUUGGGAACUGCUGUGGCACGGUGAUGUGAUCACGUGCAGUAUAUAUAGACUGGGCAACGUCUUGUGGGUUACAGGACAGACCGGCUUUCUCGUGGUCCUGUCCACUUGCUCCUCGCUUUUGAAGGAACAUCUAGAGUAAGACCAUUGGCUUGGCGGAUCCCCAGCUGCCGGCUCGCCUUCCAAUCGGGCUGUGUGAUCACCGAGGCAGCAGCCGGCAGAUCCAGUGAUGAUCCUGCACGGCGUGUCGGAGUUUGGCUGCCACUGGAGAGAUGGGACUUGGACCCAGUGUUAGAGGGAGGGAGAGGCGGCGCUUGGCUCUGCAGGCAAGGCUCUGCGGGAGGGAGGCUACGGGAGAGGGGAGCCGGGUCCCAGCUCCCGCCAACGAGCGAGGUGGGCGAGGAAGGUGUGCCUUGCUCCGUGUGCCGGUGAAGCCUAAGCGAUGGUGAGACGGCUGCAGUCUGAGCUCACCCCGGAUACCAGGUGCCAACUGUGAAGGCAACGCACGCCCGAGGAGCCAGCGAGUUUGCAGGGAAGAUGCGAGCCCAACACUGGUGCCUUGUUCUGCUGCUCCAGCGCAGUCUACACCUGGUUGCUUUUACCCUUGGGAAUACGUCAAACGAUGCAAACGACUCAAAGCCCAGUGGCUCCAAAAGCACACAGAAGCAUGUGCUGCUCAAGGGCAACAGAACGUCUGCUCUCAGCCAGUGGGUUAUGCAGGCGCUGCCGAGCACUGGGAACUCCACCCUCCUGCGCUUGCCGUUCUCAUCGCCUGUCUCUUACUCCAAGCAGGAUAUCUGGGACUGGCUGGGAAAUAUAUCCGAUCAAAACGAAGACCCCAACUCCAGAGUCAAGAGGAGACCGAUGGUUAAGACGGGGAAAUUUAAGAAAAUGUUUGGAUGGGGCGAUUUUUAUUCAAACAUCAAAACCGUGAAACUAAACCUGCUGAUCACAGGGAAAAUCGUGGACCAUGGCAACGGUACGUUCAGUGUCUACUUCCGCCACAAUUCUACUGGCCAGGGAAACAUAUCCGUGAGCCUCGUGCCGCCCACGAAGGCGGUCGAGUUUGACCUGUCUCAACAAACCACGAUUGAUGCCAAAGAUUCUAAAAUAUUUAACUGCCGCAUCGAAUACGAGAAGAUCGACAGAGCGAAGAAGACUGCGCUGUGUAAUUAUGACCCGUCCAAAACUUGCUACCAGGAGCAGACCCAGAGCCACGUAUCCUGGAUCUGUUCCAAGCCCUUUAAAGUCAUCUGCAUCUACAUUUCCUUUUACAGCACGGAUUACAGACUGGUGCAGAAAGUGUGCCCUGACUAUAAUUACCACAGUGACACACCCUACUUUCCCUCUGGUUGAAGGUUUCUGGAGGGAAAUGUGUUUUUUUUUUCAAAUUAUUCUUAACGUGCUGAGCUGGAGAUGACGGCAGAUGAACUGACAAACCGUGGUUUCAUGGAGACCACAAUUUAAUAAGGUUCAUGGUGAUUGCAAAUUUAAUGCCUGUUGUUAAGUUGUUUUGUGCCUAUUAUUACAGCAGUUUCUGCAGUUCUGUAAAUGGGUGUAAAAUAUGUAAAAUGUUCAGCGCAAAAGAGCUCAGAAAGGCUAGUGCAGAGAAUCAACUUUCCAGGAAGACUCUAACCUCUGAGAUCUAUUUCAGUGGUAUCAGUAAUCAAUGUCGGAGAGCCAGACUUAGCAACUGAUAGGCCAAUAGUUAUUGUAAUUGUCAUCUAAAAUCAUAUUUAAUAUUGAAUCCUAUGAGUCAUUUUAGGUUUCAAAAAGCAUUAGAUCAAUGUUAAAAUGGAUGAAUAAUUAACUCACUGCCAUUGCCAUUAGCUGAAGACACUGACAAAUUAUGGAUAUUAUGCAAAGUGCCCCACUUGUCUCAACCACUUUCACCCAACAUGUCUUGUUUAAUAAUUUCCCAUUUCUCGUGGUCUUCGGUGUUGCCUCUUGUCUUCAUUGCAUCAAUUUUGGAGGUCAGGCAGAAUUAAUAUUACAUUAUUCAUCGAGGCAUUUAGAAAGGAAGAGAAGGAAAUCUCACUGUAAAGAAGUAUGCAGAAGCGGGUUUGUUCAGUGACAAGGCUUGCUCUCUUUUCUCUGUGUAGCCUCGUAAGACUCCGUCCGAACUUUUAACUUCUCGCCGACCUGAACAGUGUUGCUUUGUGGAUCUGUUUGCUCCGUGGAAUCAUGCAAGCACAAGAUGCUUCUGAGCAUAAGGAGCUACCUUGCAGCUUAAUUCACGACAGACUUCUAGUAUAUCUUUGUGAAUGUGGAAAAAGAACACUGUAAAUCUGGGUUUGGGCCUCUUCCAGAGAUUGAGGUACACUGGUGAUUGAAAAAAAGAUGUGGUCCUUUGAACUGCUACCAGCUGUCUAUGAUAACAAAGAAGAUUUCGAAGAGAGACCUGAAGGAUGUGAGUACGAAUCGCAGCUCAAGUAUUUCAGCUAUUAUAAAUUAUGCCAUUGUUUGCACUAAGAAAUUUCUCCUUCACACUGGUGUAUGUAAAGUGUUAUGUCUCUGUUCCAUGUACACGCCCCUUCUUCAAACAGAAUCUCCCAGCUCAGCGAGACAGUUUUCAAGCGAGGUUUACUUGUCAGCCCGAAGGCAGCGACCAUCUUUGAUCUCUGAAAGCCAAGUUUGUGUAAAUAUAUUGAAUGUUGACUGUUAAAAUACAGGUUACAUGUAGAACAUUUUCAGAGCAACUUUUUUUUUGGAGUAAAUCAGGACGUUGUUAUAUAUUUAUGAAGGGAAACAUAAGUCGUAAAAAGAUAUGGGUGGUUUCAGUUUUUCCAUUACCUUAAAUCUCCCCACCAUCACUCAACAAGUAACUUGGUAAGAAUAGGGUGAGCAGCACCACAGCCUCCUGGAUAACUAUAGGAUGUUCUGUCGAUCAUGGGGGAAUUGUUUGAGUGGUACACCCCAGGUACAGACAGAAGAACAUAAAGAUCACGUUCACUUCCAUAUACAAUACAAUACAAUACAAUUUAUUUGUCACUUGAACCUCAUAGAGGCUCAAAUGAAAUAUUGUUUCUACAGUCAUACACACAAGAAAAAAAGACCCAAGACACAACACAAUUUACACAGACAUCCAUCACAGCACAUCUCCUCCUCGCUGUGAUGGAAGGCAAAAAAACUUAUCUCUCCCCUCCACUCCCCAUUCCCCUCCCGAUGUCAGAGUCAAAGCCCCCGGCGGGCAAUGGCAA